AAAUGGAGCUGGUGUCGAAGAUAACGGGGCUUGCAAAGGAAAUCUGCCGAACCCGGUGGUCCAUGAAGCAGGAGCCCCAGGUCGCGGCGACCGCAUCCGACCGGGAACCCGAGGAGGAACGGAAAUCAGAGUGUUAAAGCGCAACAUGAAGCGGAACGGGAGCCGGGGCUGCGUCACCAGGAAGAACCGCUUUGGCUCGCGGGAGCGGGACUGGUUGAAGGGGGACCCCCAGCGGGGCUGCGUGUGCCUGUACGGGGCCACCGAGCCCCAGCCCCCGGCCAGCGGCCCCCAGGCCCCCGCCUCCACCCCGCAGCCCGACCUCAAGCUGGUCCUGUGCUCCACCACCACCACCGUGGAGGAGCUGUGCGCCCAGAGAGACUGUCAGCAGGGCCUGUACCUGCAGCUGCAUGGAGACCUGCUCAGGAGGCUGGACCCCUCUGAGCGCCCGCUGCAGAUGGUGUACGACUACCUGGCAGCCAUGGGCUACGAGGACCCUCUGCGCAUCCAGCGGGAGGCCGCCAACUCCGACCUCAGCUGCAUGAUUCGCUUCCACAGCGAGCGUCCGGUGAACGCGGACCAGCAGGAGCGGACGCUGCUGAAGGGGGUGUUCAACGUGCGCAAGGGCAAGACGCAGCUGCACAAGUGGGCCGAGCGGCAGGUCAUCCUGUGCGGCACCUGCCUCAUCGUGGCCUCCGUCAAAGACUCCCUCACCGGCAAGAUGCACAUCCUCCCCCUGGUGGGGGGCAAGGUGGAGGAGGUGAAAAGACGACAGCACUGUCUGAUGUUCAGCUCGGCGGGGCCACAGGCACAGACCUACUUUGUGAACUUCGACACGUUGGCAGACUACCAGCGGUGGCAUCGGCAGGCAUCGAAGGUGGUGUCUCAGACCAUUAGCCUGGUUGACCUGUCUUGCUACAGCCUGGAGGAGGUGCCGGAGUAUCUGUUCUACAGCCAGGACAUCACGCACCUCAACCUCCGGCACAACUUCCUGAGGCUGGAGGGGCCGGGCGGCCUGCUCAACUUAACCAGAUUUUCCCAGCUCAAGAGCCUCAAUCUCUCGCACAACCGUCUGGGCGUGUUCCCCGAGUCCGUGUGUGAGAUCCUGACCCUGACCGAGCUCAACCUGUCCUGCAACGGCCUACACACGGUGCCCGAGCGCAUCAGCAACCUCCAGAGCCUGCAGACCCUCUCCCUGGACGGCAAUCACCUGAGCUCCCUGCCGGAGGAGAUGGGUGGCCUGGCGCAGCUCGGCAGCCUGAGCCUCUCCUUCAACGACUUCCCCCACGUGCCCGCCGUGCUGGAGAAGCUGAGCGCCGUCGACAGGCUGGCCAUGGCCGGCAACAAGGUGGAGACGCUGAUGCUCAGCGCCCUGGCCAGGAUGAGCCACCUCAAGAGCAUCGACCUACGGUUGAACGGGCUGCGGUGUGUGAAGAGCGAGACGCUGGAGCCGGUCAAACAGCUCACCCACCUGGACGUGCGGGACAACCGGCUCAGCGCUCUGGACCUGAGCUCCGCCUGCAGCCUGGAGAGCCUGCACUGCCAGCGCAACCAGCUGGGGGCGCUCACGCUCAGCGGCUUCAUGCUGCGCACCAUCCACGCCAACAACAACCGCCUGACCACCGUGAGCAUCUACCCAGUGCCCAACCAGCUGACUCACAUGGACCUCUCCUGGAACCUUCUGGAAUACCUGCCGGACUGGGUUUGCGACAGCAGGAAGAUCGAGGUGCUGGACGUCUCCCACAACCUCCUGUCUGAGCUGCCGUCCAGACUGCUCAGUAGCCUGAGCCUUCGGAAACUGCUGGCUGGCAACAAUCGGCUGCAGAGCCUGCCUGACCUACUUGACCACGUCCCCCUGGAAGCACUCGACCUGCAGCACAACAAGCUAGCAGAGCUCCCCGAGAGCUUCUUCUACAAGGCCUUAAAUUUGAAGUAUCUGAAUGUGUCUGCCAACGCCCUGGAGACAAUCCCUCCCAGCAGCCAAUCAGAAGAGAGCCUGAGUACCCUCCAGGAGCUCUACCUCACUGGGAACAACCUGAACGAGAACUGCGGCGCCCUGCUGGUGGGCCACCAGAACCUGCGCGUCCUGCACAUCGCCUACAACCAGCUGCUCUCCUUCCCCGCCAGCAAGCUGAGUAAGCUGGAGCUGCUGGAGGAGCUCAAUCUGAGUGGGAACAAGCUGAAGACCAUCCCCUCCACAGUGUCCUCCUGCAAGAGGCUGCACACUCUCAUCGCCCACUCCAACCACAUCAGCGUCUUCCCCGAGGUCCUCAACCUGCCCGAGAUCAAGUUGGUUGAUGUGAGUUGCAAUGACCUGACUGAAAUCCUGCUGCCGGAAUCCUUACCGGCCACACUACAAGAACUGGACCUGACCGGCAACAGUAGCCUCAUUCUAGAGCACAAAACACUCAACUUAUUCAGUCACAUCACCACCCUGAAGCUGGAUCAGAAGCCCUCUAUGACUACAGGGGACACCCCAGGCACUUCAACACUGUGGGACCACGGCUAUGCAGAGAUGAGUGGCCAGCGAAACAAGUUGUGUGUGUCGGUGCUGGCGGUUGAUCGCUUUGGAGACAGCGUAGAGGCAGCUUAUGGGAUCUUUGAUGGGGACCGUAAUGAGGAAGUGCCUCGUCUCCUGCAGUGCACCAUGGGAGAUGUGCUGACAGAGGAACUACAGCAUUCUAGCAUGGACAGCGUCUACAUGAGCAAUACUUUCCUGACAUCACACAGGAAGUUGGGAGUGGCUGGACAGAAGCUGGGUGCCUCUGCGCUGCUGUGCUACAUCCACCACGAGUCCUCGGAGCCCGGCGGCUACUUCUUCCUGACGGUGGCCAACGUGGGCACGUGCCAGGCGGUCCUGUGCCGCGACGGGCAACCGCUGCACCUGUCAAAAGUCUUCAGCCUGGAGCAGAGCACAGAGGAGAUGGAGCGUGUCAAAGCCGCCAAGGCCAUCAUCACAGAGGACAUUAAAGUGAGUGGUGUGACAUGCUGCUCCCGUCUGCUGGGCUGUUCCUACCUGUCUCCGUGGGUGCUCCCCAAGCCCUGGGUGCGCACGGAGCCCUUGUGCUCGCAGGACGAGUUCCUGAUCCUGGGCAACCGGGCGCUCUUCCAGAAGGUGUCCUACCAGGAGGCGGUGCGCACCGUGCAGGCCGUCCGGGACCCCCGCGCCGCCGCCAAGAAGCUCUGCACGCUGGCGCAGAGCUACGGUUGCCGCGACAACGUCGGGGCGGUGGUGGUGGCCCUGCACAUCGGGGAGGACAGCUGCACCUGCGAGCCACCGCUGACCACCACCACCGCCGCCUCCUCCGCGCCCGCCCCUGAGGGUAAAGGACCCGUGCCCACCCCGUUGCCAACUCCCAUCCCGAUCUCCGUGCCCCCCACGGGCGACCCCGCCACCCCGUCCUCCAGCAGUGGCAUCGCCUCGGAGUUCAGCAGCGAGACGUCGGCCUCGGAGGUGGGCAGCGAGGCGGGUUCCACGGCCUCCGACGAGCACCCGUCCAAUCCCGCGGCUCGGCCCGAGCGUCGCUGCAGCCUGCACCCGACCGUGAUCACGAGCGCCACCACGGGCACCGGAGGCCCAGGGGGACCCCUAGGAGUCGGCCCGGGGCCCGGGGGGGCCCAUCCCGCCUUGUUCCAGCGCCAGCCGUCCUGCGCCACCUUCUCCAGCAACCAGUCCGACAACGGGCUGGACAGCGACGACGAGACCCCGCUCGAGGGCGUCAUCUCCAACGGCAGCAAGUUGGAGGUGGAGGUCGACAUCCACUGCUGUGCCUUCCAAAUCCGCUCCGGGGCCCCCGAGAGCCCCAACGAGAAAGACCACCGGCAUUCCGACUACCCCAACGGGAAGGUGCGGCGUCAGAACAGCGUGGUGGUGUCGACGACCAACGGGUGCCUGCUGGCCGUCUGCGGCCGGGAGAUCACCGACCUGAAGAAGUCCCCCUCCACCUCGAGCCUCUUCGGCAAGAAGCUGUCCAACGGCUCCGUCGUGGUCCCCGAGGACAGCCACAAUCUCAUUGAGGUGGCCUUAGAGGCUCCCAAGAAGAAGUCUGGUUAUUUCGCCGCUCCUGCACAACAGGACCCGGAAGACCAGCUUGUGGUGCCUCCUUGUCUGGAGCAGGACGUUCGGGAGCAGCUGAGGAUCCAGAGCCAGGUCGUCCCAGGGCCUCCGCCUCCCUCCACUCCCCCCUCCGCUAGAGACCCAGACUGGGAUCACCCUCAGACGACAGUCCCCGGUCUGCCAGUCUCCAGCCUCCAGCAGGAGGUCUACGACACAGCCCUGUGACAGCUGUGGUGCAGGGGCAUCUCUCUGAGGUAGUGCCAUGCCAAGAGGAAAAGGCGAGGCCCUCUAUGGUACCUGUGGGAUAUUCCAGUUCCUGUAUCCAUUCAGCCCUGUCAUUGUGUGUGGAGUCCCAAGUGCACUAACCCGAUAGCGUGCCAUCUGCCCUGAGCGCUAGAUGGUAGUCUAUCCGUGGAAGCCGAGCAGGUGGAUAGGUCUCGUGGACUGGUCAGGCAAGGAGUAUCAGGACCAAUGAAACGAGGUCUUGAAGCAAGGUUCAUCCCCUCCGCCUGAGCUGGAAUACCUCAUAUGUAGAACAGUGUUGAUCUCAUAUGCUAGCUUAGCCCUUUAUUAUCAAGGUCACGCUCAAGGCAGGCUUUUUGAUCUCUAGCCUUAUCAUCCUAGAAAGCCUCCCCAUGAGAAAGUUUCAAGGGCCAUCCUAUGACCAAAAGGUGAAAAAAGUGCCUACUGUAAAUUACCUGGUUCUGGGGGACUACUUUGGCUCUCGGUCAGUAAUGACAUCUGUCGGAGGACUUCACUGGACCACCAUCACAGCUUCUUUCCUUCUCUCUUUUCACUCUCUCUCUCUCUCUCUCUCUCUCUCUCUCUCUCCAAACCUGACUCAUCCUACUGCACAGUGGACGGCCUUGAACCUGGAGCGACCUGCCAAAAUGUCUGCUGCAGUCGACGCCCGAAGGAGAAAGGCAGUUCUGAAAAAGAGGGCUACCUGCUUGUGGAUUUCUUUCCAAAAGAGAUGAAAACAACACUUUUCAUUGGAUUAAAAAUGGUGUUUGUCAGACAGUAUUUGUCAUCUCCAGACUGUUGACAGAGCUUUCAGACACAAUUAUGCCCGGGCCUUUUCCCUGGUGUCCAUUGCGGAGCUGUUUUCUGUCACACAGGGGGAGAGUCUCUCACAAAGAGUGCAUCACCUUCAAGCUGGGCUGGGUGAAGGGAAAAAAAACUACAACUCCCAGUAUCUCGCCAGGCAGGCCAGAGUAGGAAGAGGGGAAGUGAGAGGAUGGAGUGCAGGAUGUGUGCUUCACUCCCACUCCCACAAUGUGAAAUAACACAGUGAUGGAAUUGAACAUGCCGAUAUCAGUCAAGGCAUCGUGAAGAUGAACUUUUGAAAUGACCUUCGCUGCUCAGAGAAAACUUUUCAACUUGAGUACUUGAAGUUAUAAAAGUGUGCCAUUUGCUGAAGAGCGAAAGAGUAAUGCCAACAAAAAUGGGUUGUAAACACUUCACUCCAUUUAGACUAAACUUUAGUCGAACUCUCUGAUGAACCAGUGUAUUACUGUUCUGAGGACUAAACCCGGAUAUUUCCACCUCUCUGUAAAUUCAAUUGUCCAACACGAGAAUACAAUAAUUAGCCCUGUGUAUAAACUGAGGCAAAGUGGUUUUUGAUACGCCAGUGUUAAGAAAAGAAGUGACACAUAGUGUAAUGUAUACUGUAAUGUCCUAUGUCUGUGACCGUGCCUGAGUGUGUGUGUGGAUCCUCUGCCAUGCCCAUCCAUUUCAGAAUAGCCCUACAUGUAUCUCCUUUGACACAUGCUAUAAUGUGUCUGUCUGGCGCUCCGCUUCUCAGUUGAAAAGACCAGGUG